AAAUAAGAAGGGUAUUUUGUAAAUUGAAGAGGAUUUGAGAAACUUUGAUGAGAAUGGAUCGAUGGCGCGGGCAGUUGCAUUCUUCAAAACAGUAGGAGACACCCCCAGCAUUUGUAAAUGGAGACGGUUCCUGAUCUUCUUGUUAAUCUCACAGUCCUCGCAAAUCCGCUCGGUAUAGCCGACACCAAGAGGGAGACGGAGAGCUGCAGGAAUGAGAGCUGUGAGCAGUUUCCCAGGCCACCCAGAGAUCUGAAUCAAACGGUGCGGAUCUUCCUGUACUGUCUGUUUUUUCUCCUGAGUGUGCUUGGCAAUGUCCUGAUCAUCACUGUCUUACUGAGGAACAAGAGGCUGAGGACUGUUACCAACUCGUUCUUGCUCUCGCUGGCCACCAGUGACCUGAUGUUGUGCCUCUUCUGCAUGCCCUUCACCCUCAUCCCAAACCUGCUCAAGGAUUUCAUUUUCGGAAGCGCUGUUUGCAAAGCUGUCAGUUACUUUAUGGGUAUCUCUGUUAGCGUUUCCACUUUCAGUUUGGUAGCCAUUUCUUUGGAGAGGUACAGUGCUAUCUGUAAACCGCUAAAAUCCAGAGUCUGGCAAACGAAGUCUCACGCCUUCAAGGUGAUCGCCGCCACUUGGCUGCUCUCGGUUAUCAUCAUGUUGCCGUAUCCCAUCUACAACACUCUGGUACCGUUCACGAGGGUCAACAACAGCACAGGCAACAUGUGCCGCCUCCUCUGGCCGAAUGCCAUGACACAGCAGUCCUGGUACAUUUUCCUGUUACUGAUCCUGUUCCUGGUCCCUGGAAUAGUGAUGACAGUGGCUUACGGACUCAUCUCCCGCGAGUUAUACAGUGGGAUUCGGUUCGAAAUGAAUCGGAGGAAGAGGAGCCAAGUGAGAAACCUCAGCGACAGUAGAUAUGAAGAUGGAGAUGGAUGUUACAUACAGAGCAUCAAACAGAAAAGGACCAUUGAGAUGCAGCGACUAUCGGGCAGCGACUGUUUAAAGCCCGUCAGGCCAAGGACCAACAGCUCAUCCGCCAACUUAGUGGCGAAGAAGCGAGUCAUUCGGAUGUUGAUUGUGAUCGUGAUCAUGUUUUUUAUUUGUUGGACGCCUAUUUUCUGUGUCAAUGCUUGGCGAGCGUUUGAUAAGAUCUCGGCGGACAGGUUGCUGUCCGGGGCCCCGAUUUCAUUCAUCCACUUGCUGUCCUACACCUCGGCCUGUGUCAAUCCCAUUAUCUACUGCUUCAUGAACAAACGCUUCCGCCUGGCUGCCCUGGCCACCUGCUGCUGCUGCUGCUGCUGUUUCCGGGCUAACCCACCGCCUGCAAACAGAGAGACUGAGGAGGACAGGCACACAACCACUGGCACAGUCUCCAGGUGGACCUACACCAGUGUCAGUGUGUCCUGAGCGGGACAUUCACACAGCCAGCAGCCUGUAGCAGUCUGAAACUGGGAAGCGAACUUCUGGUCAGGUCAGAGACACUUGGUGUUAUCCUCCCCAUUCAUUCAGCAAACAACAAAAGACGCGCAGAUUGACGGGUGACAAAAUGAUAGGACUAUAAGGCUCAGAGAGAGAGAGAGAGAGAAAGUCAUCUGGAAGAUCAACGGUCCCCGAUGCUUUCACUCAUUUGCUUAUUCCUCAAACAACUGUGACCCAGACUGAACCUGAGAAUCAAUAAGAGAAAGGGACACCGCAGAUGCUGGGGAUCAGAGGCAAGAGUGUGACGCUGGAAAAGCGCAGCAGGUCAGGCAGGAAUUCCUGAUGUCGAUUCUCCUGCUCCUCAGAUGCUGCCUGACCUGCUAUACUCUUCCAGCGCCACACUCACGACCCUGAAAAAUUCACAUGCGGUUUAUUUCAUGGGGGUGAGAGGCGGCGCUACGGAGCUUUGCUCGACGCUAUGGUCUUUAAUAGAAACGUUUUAAUGGAACCAGUGCCUGGCUCUGACAUCGUGCCUGCAGCUGGUGUACCGGAGAGCGAAACCAACUUCCCAGCCCUCUUCUCCCUAUCAAGCGCUGCCGCCCAGCUUUUCGAAACAGCGGCACAGCUUACACAGUAUGUCCUUGACAGGGCUGAUAGCUUUGGUUUGUGUAUAAAUGAAACAUUCGCAACUGGGUGAGAUCGCUGCAGCUGUUUAAUUAAAAGAAAGUUCAAGAAAUGGUGUGACACGUUCUUUCCCCCUGCAAUAAAUUAGAAAUUCAAUUCAAAGAUAGAGGAGGUUCUUUUCCCCCCCACUCCCUUUCUUCCAUUAUACCACCACCAUCACCACUCUCUUUUCAGAUGCUGUUGCCUCCAGCAACCUAUACCUCUCACCGAUCAGCAAUUGCAGACACACCAAGCAAAUGGAACAAAAUGUUGGUCUAAUACCUACCCCUUACAGCAGGAAGUCCAUGGUACUAACUUCACCACAGCACAUGGGUCAAAACUAGGACCUUCCUAAUCUUUGUAACUCCUCACCUACAACAGUUAUGACCAUGACUGUGUG